AUGGUGGGGCCUGUGCGUCGUGAGCUCUGGUCCGAUGAACGUGACGAUGAGGUGUUUGUUGAGGCUGGUGUUCUAUCUGGAGAUGUGAGUGACAACGUUCUCCUUGGUUUGGAAACUCUUGGUGGUGUCAUGACCAAGAUCAUUCCAAGAAACACCACACUUCCAACUUCUAAAUCAGAAGUCUUCUCAACUGCUGCAGAUGGACAGACAAGUGUUGAGAUUAAUGUGUUACAGGGUGAGAGAGAGUUCGUAAGAGAUAACAAGUCUAUUGGUAGCUUCCGUCUUGAUGGUAUCCCGCCUGCACCACGUGGAGUUCCACAAAUCGAGGUCAAAUUUGAUAUUGAUGCCAAUGGAAUUCUAUCUGUCAGCGCCUCCGACAAAGGCACAGGAAAGAAGCAGGACAUCACCAAUUCACCAUUACUGGUGCUACUACCUUGUCAAAGGAUGAGGUAGACAAAAUGGUGCAAGAAGCAGAGAGGUUUGCAUAGGAUAAUUUGAUUUGUGGGCAGCAAAUGAAUGGUAAGAGUCAAAUUUUUCCUUUUAAAACACAUAAGUGAAGCAAUAUUCUGGAGCACAAAUUGUC